AUGUAGUCAUCGUAAAAAUUUUUCUUUUGUUAUUGUAUACGUAAUUCUUCCAUGGGCAAUCAACUAGCCAUCUACGUUUUAGCUUUUCUAUAAUUUAUGUGACUUUUAUUUGAUGAGAAAGAAAGUGGUGCGGUUGUGGCAGUAGAAGUAUAACAUAUUGUUAAUAGGGAGACAUAGGAAACUCAUGUUGAGGACUGCUCGGAAAAAUGCUGGACUUUUAAUUUAUUGUUACAUGUCAAUACUUGUUUGUAUGUACUGAAUUUUUGUAUUGAAUCGCCUGUUGAUAGCCCAUUAAUUUCACCUUAAUAAAACGAACUCCGCCCUGGAAGAGAGAAGCAUUAGUUAUGCUACAAAAGUGCAAGAAUGGAUCCACAAAAAAUUACUGAAUUAGCAACUUUAUUAAGAAAAAAUGGUGAUAAAAUAUUGAGCUCGGAAUUUUCGUUGACCUUAUCAGGCACCUUGCUGCGCGCCCUCAACGACUCAUUCACACUAAUCAUAGAUGGCGCUGCUGAAAUUGGUGCUUCCUCGCAGACCUUUCAGGUCGCCAAGCCGGUAAACUCGAGAUCGCCCGUCUUUACCGACUUGCAGUUAAUCUAUGAUUUUGUACAAAAGACACCGUUGCUGUGUAUAGUCCACUACCCUACUGAUGAAUAUUUUGAUGGUAAAAUUGAUAUCAGUAAGUUUCGUGCUUUACGUCGACUAGAAGUGCAAAAGACUAGUGUGCGGCAGGUGAUCGGCAUACAGCGGUUGCGUGCACAACUACAGCAGCUCAUUUGUGUCAAGAGCCUUGCCAACGUGGAGGACAUUAUAACGCGAUGCGGUGGUGACAACUCAAAUGGAUUUGUAUGGAAUGAAUUGAAAAUUGCCGAUUUUAGUUAUAAUAGUUUGCAGCGCAUUGAUGGCGCACUAGAAUUUGCACAGUUUUUACAACACCUGAAUCUACGCCACAAUCAGCUGCGCAGCGUAGAGGCUAUCAAGUGGUUACCCCAUUUAAAGACGUUAGAUUUGAGCUAUAAUUGUCUACAAUGUGUACCACAAUUCCAUAUGGAAGCCUAUAAGCGUUUGCAAUCGCUAAAUAUGAGCAAUAAUUUUGUUGAGGAUCUCAUGGGCAUUGCUAAAUUAGAUGCGCUCACAGAUUUGGAUCUCUCCGAUAAUUGCCUACUAGAUCAUUCGUGCUUGCUACCACUCAGUACGCUGAUAACGUUAAACUAUCUUAACCUGUACGGCAAUCCGUUGUGUUGCCAUCCCAAACAUCGACUGGCAACUGCACAAUUCCUACACAAGAAUACCGCCACCGUGAAGUUCAUAUUAGAUUUUGAACCGCUUUCGAAGAGUGAAAAAGCGGUAACCGGCAGCCAACAGUUGCGUCAUGUUGGCGCGCUUAAUAGAUACGCGCAACGGUCGCCCUCGACUUCCAUCAAUAGCAGCCGUGUGCCAUCCUCAACACAAACACCUGCCUCCAGUGUGGGUUCAUUGCGUUCCUUUAAAUUUAACGAAAGCUCAUCGGAGUUACCAGAUGCCGUUAAAACCGCCGAUAGUGGUGUGGGCACACGAAAACAAGCUUCUAAAACACGCACGGUGGAUAUACUGGAGGAAGAAGGUGUGCAUUCACUGACGCCAGAUGAGAGUGAUGAGCUGGUGGUAGCUGAAAAACUGAAGCCGGUGAAGGUAGCUUUGAAAGCAUCAAACAUAUCAAUUGAAGACGACACACAACAUCUGGAGGCAAAGAAGCAAAUUGAAACCCUACGUGAGAAGUAUGGUGCUAACUGGUUGCAGUCUGGCAAUGCAGAAAUGAUGCAGAGUGUUUUAGGCAUUGAAACCACAAAUGGCGCACCUACAGGAGUAAUAACAACGACGAACACUUCUAGGCAACUUUUUGACGAUUUUUUGGGUGAACUUUCUGAGUCAGCGCUUGCGGCAACAGCUAAACCCACAACGCAGAGAGAGACCAAUGAUAUGCUUGAAAACACAUUGCAUUCGUCCACCCCAAUGAAUAAUAGCUAUUUAAGUGGAGAUGUGCCUAAACUUGAAGUUUUCGCUCCACCCAUUAAAGCGAAUGAGCCACUUGGCAAUACAGACACAACUUUGUAUCAAAGUAUGGACAGCACCAACUCUAAUGUUAAUCAAAAUCAUACGCUUUAUCAAUCGGUAAAUGAUGCUGAUAGCACAUUGAUGCAAUCGACGGCAGAUUCUUUGAAUUCUUCUUUAGAACAACGGAGUAUAAGUGAUUUGACAGUGGCAGAGGACGAUGAUGAACAUCCGCAUUUGAAGGAUGUUUAUUCAAAUGUAGCUGACGAAGAGCCUGAAGUCUCAGAACCCGAAGACGAUGAAGUGACUUAUAUAGUCUACACAACGCCACGUAAUGAAGCCGUAUUUUUAACCAUAUCAGAAAAUUACUUGCGUGUGCGCGAUACAUUAACACAAAAAACCAUUACCAAGUGGAGCCUGAAAAUUUUAGAAUCUUGUGAUCGCAUAAAAUCAAAUACGAUACGUAUAAAUUUCGAUACAAUCAAGGCGGAUAAGAAAGAGCGCAUCUAUACUGUUGAAGAUGGGCUUUGUCAGGAGCUCGAGCGCAAAUUACGUGAUAUACUCUCACAACGUGAUCUUGCUGACAUGAAUCAAACCGUUUAUCGCUGUGUUAAUUGUGCCUGCCAGUUCACAGCAGAGAAUAAAAAGAUGCCGCGGCAACAGGAUGUACAUUGUCCUUACUGCAAGAGCACCUUUGUCGCCGAGGUGCAUGACAUACCAAAACUGCAACCGGAGGCAACUAGCGAAAAGCUCUCACCGGCGGCAAUAGUCGAUGAGGAAACACCAAUUAGCUCUGGUACACCACCGAAAUGUCAGCAAUCACACAACAACGUAGCGUCUAAUAUUGAAGUUGUUAGUGUUAAUGAUACGAAUAGUAUUGUUAAAGGACCGACCAGGCUUACCGCAAUUAAAACACCCAAAUAUAGGAAUCCACUACAGGGGCUGAAAAGCUCUGCUAAUUCACUUAACGAAUCCUCUUCCUGCUCGAAAAUUACCAACUCACAAAACUCCUUCGAUUCUAAUCAAUCGGUUGUGGGUAGCUCCAACACCGAACGUCUACAGGAGUUUAAUGGCGACGAAAGUAGCGAUGUCGAUAUCAUUUCCAAUCCCAGUCAAUCAAGUAUUGAGGUAUUAGAUCAUAAUGCUAGCCGUAAGGCAUCUGAGGAGCGACGCUUAGCCCAUAUGACACCGCUGGAGCCAAUCUAUGACUUCAGCUAUACGCAAAGCUUUAUUGAACGCGAAUUCGGCAAUACUGCUACUGCGGCUAUGCUUGAAAAUCAAGCAAAAGUGGGGAAAAACACAACUGAGAAUGCUGCAUCAUCAACAACAACAACAACAACAACAGUAGCGGCUGAGCCUGCAACAAUGACAUCUAGCUCUGCUGUGGCACCUGUCACCAACGCCGCCUCCAUUGGUGUUCUGACACAUUUGCAGCUUAUCGAAAGCAGCUCUUCCGGAUCGGUAACGGAUAGCGUUUGCACCGCUUAUGAGCAACAACAGCAUCAGCAACUAUUGAAAAAAACACCCUCCGCCGAUGAGUUGCUGUCAAAGAGCGCUGAGAAAAUGAUUUUAAAAAACCUGCUAGCAGCCGAGAGUGUAGCAACGCUGGCGGAGCGCAGCUUCACGUCAGAGCAAACGUUACCGAAGGAGAAUGAAGCAAAUGGUGUCACUAAUGGGCAUGCAACGAAAAAAGAAGACAGCAAGGUAUCAUCCAUAUUUGGUGCUCUUAUGCAGACCACAAACAACCUCAUGUCCAGCUCGAAAAAAGCAAACGCACUAGCAAAUCAACAAUUUUCUACGUGUCAGCCAUACAAAUACAAUUACGCAGAUUUCAAUGAUGUCGACCAUCGCUUGAAAUUGUACUUUUAUCAAACAAAAUUCGAUGAGAAUGAACAAUUGAAAUGGUUGGCGCGUGGACGCAUAUACAAUGGCACUACUAAAACACUUUGUCCUGGUAUAGUGGUCUUGUCCACCUGCAAGUGUUACCUUAUGGAGGCAUUCGCUCCUGAAAAUGAAGAUGUCACCAAGUGGCUACGUUUGUUGGGGAGCGUCACCGCAGAUCGACUAGAAUGCAUACAUCUGCUGCCGUGGAAAAUGGGGCUAGAAUUUACGCUGCGCGAUUGGGGCAGCUUUUUGCUGCUGUUGCAGGAUAUUCUGCGCACCGAUAGUUUAUUGUUAUACUUUGCGAAUAACUCGCUUCCUUCGCAGUGCGAGCUCAAAUAUCAACCAUCUACAGAGUUGCUGAAACGCCUCAACAACGCCGUCCGUGACGAGCAAUUAAAAAUGUGCGCACUACUCAAUGGUUGUACUGUUACUUGUGGCCAAGCAAAGCGUAGUUUAAACAAUUGUACUCUACUGACUACCGACACACACCUAUGCAUCAGCUCUAGUAAAUUCGAUUGGCUAACUACCGCUGCCGCAGAUGCGGAAAUGGAAAUUUGCUUGACUCAAUUGAUGUCAAAUCUCGUUGAAGUGGAACAAGUGGAUGCUAAUACCUUUACAAUAAAUUAUCUAGAUGAAACUCAGGAUCAGACUGAAAUAUGGCAGUGUACAUUUGAGACGAAGGAGAAUGCCAACAGCUGCUUAAAUGCUAUUGCACAAUCUUGGGAGAAGCUUUUCGGCGUACCACUCCUAACUACGACGUGAGAAUUGCAUAUUUUCAAAGCAAUUAUAAUAUAUGUAUGUAUGUAUCUAUGUAUAGACAAAUAGUUUUUUACCAAUUCGGAUAAUGAGUGUAUUUGGUGCAGCGAAAGCAAGCUAAGUUGACGCCAUAUAUAAUGUAGAAAAAUAGCAAAAAAAAAAAUCUUCACAAAUUUGCAAUUAUUUAUACUGUAUGCAAUACAAAUAAUUUUUUACAUGUUUAACAUAGCGUUAGUUCUUCGUACAUAAUACAUGCAUAUUUACUUUGUGUCUGACCUUACAUACUUGCAUAUAUAGCAAGUCUUUGAUUAAAAUAAUUAAAAGAUACUAUUGAACGUGAACUUACUAGAAGUGAAUGUAUGUAUACUUUA